AAUUUCAUUGGCCCAGAUCCGUCAGGCGAGACCACGGUUUGAGAAGCCCAAGCGCGCCUGCUCAAAUUGCAGGGUAGCGCAUGCGCGCUGGUAGCGUCGAGAUCGUCUGGUAAGCGAGCGCUUCGUGAGGGGCGUUCUUUACUCGCUCCCGGUCUCAGCGAUGACCAGCGGGAUGUCGAAGUGGGAGUCGGGUGCCCAGCUGAUUGCUCGUCUUGAAGGUCGAAGUUCUCUGAAAACUCUUGAACCGUGCCUGUUUGCUGAGGAAGGAUAUCCCAUUUAUGGAGACGUCGUUGAAUUCCACGGUGCGGAAGGCACUGGGAAAACAGAAAUGCUCUAUCACCUCAUUGCUCGCUGCAUUCUUCCAAAAUCAAGAGGUGGUUUGGAAGUCAGCAUUGUUUUUAUUGAUACGGACUUCCACUUCGAUAUGCUGCGUUUAGUGACUCUCCUGGAAUACAGAUUGUCAUCUCAAGGCACCGAAGCCACCAUGAAGUGCUAUCUGGAGAGGUUUUUCCUUAUGAAUUGCCACAGCAGCUCUCAGCUGCUGCUUAGUCUUUACUCUCUGGAAAGCAUGUUUUUGUCCCACCCUUCCCUUUCCCUCUUGAUCGUAGACAGUAUGUCGGCUUUUUAUUGGAUAGACCGGGCCAACGGAGGAGAAAACCCGAGUCUGCAGGAAGCAAACCUAAAAAAAUGCGUGCAAGUCCUCCAGAAGCUUGUAAAGGAUCAUCACUUAGUGUUGUUUGCCACUACUCAGUCGCUUAUGCAGAAAUCAUCGAACUUUGUGGAAAGCUCAGAAAAAACGGAGUGUGAUGCAGGUUCAGAUUACCGCCCUUUUCUUUGUAAAGCGUGGCGACAGCUCGUCACCCACCGGAUUUUCUUCUCCAGGCAUCCUCAUCCAGAUGACACCCAAGGAUUUUUAUUGACUACAUGUCACAUUCAGAACGACUGCGCGGUAAAACGUUCGUUCUGCAUUACGGAGCAAGGGAUCCAGUUUUAAAAGCCCAGGUUAAUUUUAAAGGCGGGCAUGCGUUCUUUCUUUUAAAACGGUUUUUAUAUUUUUUUGUACUAAGGUUAUCUCAAAUUUAAUGUUAGAAAGCAUGCUUCAGGUGUAUACGGGCAAAUUGAUGAUGCUUUAUAAAAAACGUUAAGUUCUGGGGUCUAAUAAAAGUGGUUACUUCUUAUUUUCAAGCACAGAAACACAAAGUUGAACUGGGCUGAGCGCUGAGGUUGAGCUUGAUUUUUUUUUUCUCUUAGAAAAGAUGUAUUCGUUGACUGCAUGCCCAGCACGCAACUGAAUUUAAUAGGAAGAAUACUAUUUUUUUUAAUAAUCCACUGAAUAAUUUGUUUUUAUCUGUUUUGUCCUGAUUUCCUGGAAAUUUUUCUCACUUGUUUCAGUGGUCUUCAUUCCAUCCAGGGUUGUGGGGUCAACCAGGGAAAUAGCUUUGGGGAACUCUCAUUGGCCUUUUAUUCAGAUUGUAGCUUGAAAUAUGGAAAGCCAUGGAUGCAGUGGCAGAACAAACAAGUGAAGUUCUUAAAGAGAACUUGGUGUGCCUGAAACCCCAGCACUUUUAUUCAGCGUGUCAUAUGUCAGAAGUUUGAUAAAACAAGAUUUGUUUGAAU